AUGUCCCAGCCUAUUCAUCUACUCGUUCUGGUCCACGGUAUGUGGGGCAACCCAUCUAACCUCAAACAACUCGAGCUUCAUGCCUCUCAAAAACCGGAGUUCCAUGUCAUGGUAGCAAAGGCAAACUCCGAAGAUUCGACCUACGAUGGCAUAGACUGGGGUGGCGAACGUGUUGCUCAGGAGGUUCUCGACGAGGUGCACGCACUCUCGCAGGAAGGAAAAGCUGUAACCAGAUUCUCUAUAACUGGCUAUUCUCUGGGCGGUCUCGUAUCCCGCUACGUUAUUGGCAUCUUAUACCAGAAGCGUUUUUUCGACGACGUUACCCCAGUGAAUUUCAGUUCCAUCGCUACACCACAUCUCGGUUUGCCAAGAUAUCCAUCCGUGAUGUCCUAUCUGGGGACUAUCGUGGGCCCACGGUUAUUAUCGAGAACAGGAGAACAGUUUUACUGUGUCGAUAAGUGGUCUCAUACAGGGAGACCGUUGUUGGAGGUCAUGGCGGAUCCUCAGAGAAUAUUUUACCAGGCACUUGCAAAGUUUCAGGAGUUCAGAAUCUUCGCCAAUGCUGUAUACGACUUAACAGUUCCAUACGUAACGGCAGCCAUCGAAGUAGACGAUCCCUUUGUCGACCAUACGACGAAUGGCAUUCAGAUAACCUUACGAGACGACUACCCACGCAUCAUCAAAUCAUACACCCUCCCCACCUCUCCACCACCAAAAAUCAAAUCGAAAGAAUCAAAGAAAUCAGGAAAACGACCGUUUAUGCCCCCGUUCCUAGUCUUCCGAUUCCCACUUAAUAUCCUCUUCUACAUUUCACUCCCAUUUUUCGUACCGGUCGUGAUCACGCUUCUUUCGGUGAGACUUAUGAAGGCGAGCAAUAAGUCCAAGAUACGGAUAAAGCUCUUGGAGGAAGGGGAGAAAAGUGCGGAAACCCUUGCUAAGGUUUUGGCAAAGGUGGAAGAGGCUGUUGAAGAAACGGUGGGGAAUUUGAUUCAUGGCGAUUCCUCACCGUCACCGUCACCUCCAUCCUCAUUCUCAACGUCCGCUUCUGCCGAUGAAGUUAGCUUCUCCACGACCUCCACGACCUCCACGACCCCUUCUACCCUUCCGCCGGCGUCGAAGGGAAAGGACGUCCUGUCCCCUUUACAGAAAAGGAUUGCUUCCCAGCUCAAUACUCUUCCGAUCAAGAAAGAGCUGGCGUUCUUCGAUGAUGUGUAUAAUGCACACGGGACGAUUAUCAUGCGAGAUGCAAAGAGGUUUCCGUUUCAAAAGAUCGGUGAGGGGGUGGUUAGAAAGUGGGGAGAUUCGUUGCGAGCUUAG